GAUGACUGUACGUCACUGAAGAUAGAGGGAGGGAGAGAAAACGUUUGGGAAGGACACUCCUCUCUGCCUCUUUUUUUUUUUUUCUAAACAAGGCAUGUUGCAGCCUGUGGGCCAGGAUGCGAUUCAGUUUAUUAUGGACAGAGCUAACAGAGACCGUCACACGAGGGAAACACUGUCGGACCGAGAGGAGAGCAGCAGUUGGAUAAUUGAAUCAGACACUCAUCCAAGAGAGAAGUCCUUGAAAGGAUCAAACCUCCUUCUAGCAUGUUCGAAUCCAAUGACACAGAAGACUUCAAACACCAAGAUGACAGCGCUGUGAGCAGUGACAGCUCCACAGUCCUGGGUGCUCUGAUCCUCAGCUUGGUCCUCCUUGUGGGCGUCCCUGGCAACCUCUUCAUCAUCUGGAGCAUCAUGGCACGCAUCAAACAGCGCUCGGUCACCACCCUCCUCAUCCUUAACCUGGCGUGUGCAGAUGGCUUCCUCAUGGCCCUCACCAUCUUCUUCAUCGUCUACCUGGCCAAACAGACGUGGGUCUUCGGUGAAGCCAUGUGUAAAGUCCUGUUCUACCUGUGCAACACCAACAUGUACGCCUCAAUCUUUAUGAUCACGCUGAUGAGCGUGCACAGGAUGGUGGUCGUGGUGUUGCCCAGGAAAGUGUCCUCCAAAGUCAGCCGGAAGAUUGUGAAAAGAGUGAUUGUAGGCACGUGGGCGUUGGUGAUGGUCAUUUCUAUCCCUUCACUGGUGUUUCGAGGCGUGAGUGAGAAAACUGUAAAUGAAGAAUUUAAUACAACAAAACCUGUGUGUAUGCCCAAUCACACACUGUCUCAACACGUGAGGUUACAUUAUACCUUGGAGACGGUGGCUGGAUUCAUUCUUCCUUACACAGUCAUCAUAACUUGCUACGUCCUCAUCCUGAGACGCUUGAGGAAGACCCAGUUCCAACGAAAGGCCCGCAGCGAGAAACUCAUCCUGGCUAUUGUGGUGAUGUUUGGCCUUUUCUGGCUGCCGUACCAUGUGAUCAACAUGAUAGAGGUGGCAGCUCGGUGGUACCCCGAGAAGAAUGCUACAAGAAAAAUAUUGGAAAAGAUCUCUUUUAAAAGCCGUGCAGUGACUUCAGCUUUGGCCUUCAUUAGCAGCUGUGCCAAUCCCAUCCUCUACACCUUUGCUGGAAAGUCAUACAUCAAGCAGAACGGCUUCGCCUUCAUGGCUCGGCUCUUUGAGGGCACGUCAUUGGACCAAACACGAACCAAAAAGAAUAAAGACACUGAGGGACUCAGUAAUGCUGAGUCCUCAAAUGGCGCAGGACCUCCUCUCAUUUCAGCAAAAAUGGCAGAUAAGCGUUGAAUAAACAUUAUGUGUAUACAAAUUA